CUAGGAGGUCCUCCCAUGUGAUGAGGUCUGAAGGACCUGGUCUGGUCUGGCUCCUCCUGCUUCAGAGGAUCGGGGACAGACGUAACACCAGUGCAGGGGAACGGGAAUAACACACGGCGGUCCGUUCUUCAGGAGCAACGACUACAAACAUGGCUCACCGUGCAGAGCAGGAGACAAACACAUAGACUGUGGAUCCGGAGGAGACCCUCUGCUGCUGGGAAGGCUUCCACGGUUCUUUCUACAUUCUCAACCCCGCAAAUGAACUCCGUCAGAGCCAGCAACGUUAGCAGAAGACCCCGGAGAGUGUCGAGGCCGCGCCCGGUGCAGCCGGAGAGGAACCUCCAGGAGAGAGAUGAGGACGUUCCUGCAGAUAUGGUCGCAGAAGAAUCCGGUCCAGGAGCUCAGAAUAGUCCCUACCAACUUAGAAGAAAGUCUCUACCCAAGAGAACAGUGUGCCCGACAAAGACAAACAUGGAGGGCGCUUCAACUUCAGCCACAGAGAACUUUGGACACCGACCUAAGCGUCCCAGAGUUUCGGGGAAAUGUCAAGACUUACCAGCGGCUCCAGCUGAGCAGUAUUUACAGGAGAAACUUCCUGAUGAGGUGGUGCUGAAGAUUUUCUCGUACUUGUUGGAGCAGGACCUGUGCCGCGCUGCGUGUGUGUGCAAACGCUUCAGUGAGCUGGCCAAUGAUCCCAUCCUCUGGAAGAGGCUGUACAUGGAAGUGUUUGAAUACACACGACCCAUGAUGCACCCUGAGGCGGGGAAGUUUUACCAGAUCAACCCUGAAGAGUACGAGCAGCCCAACCCGUGGAAAGAAAGCUUCCAGCAGCUGUAUAAAGGAGCCCACGUGAAGCCCGGCUUUGCAGAGCACUUCUACAGUAAUCCUGCCAGAUACAAAGGGAGAGAUAACAUGUUUUACUAUGACACCAUCGAGGACGCGCUCGGAGGCGGUCAGGAGCCUCACUUUGACGGCCUGAUAUUCGUCCACUCUGGUAUUUACACGGAUGAAUGGAUCUACAUCGAGUCGCCCAUCACCAUGAUCGGAGCGGCUCCGGGGAAAGUAGCAGAGAAGGUCAUCAUCGAGAACACCAGAGAUUCCACGUUUGUGUUCAUGGAGGGUUCAGAAGACGCUUACGUGGGAUACAUGACCAUCAGGUUUAACCCUGAUGAUAAAUCCGCUCAGCACCACAACGCACACCACUGCCUGGAGAUCACGGUCAACUGCAGCCCCAUCAUCGACCACUGCAUCAUCCGCAGCACGUGUACAGCAUCCUUCUUCUUCUGCAGAUUCUUCUGUGACUGCGGCGCAGGGACGCUGUCGAACCCUUGCACGUUAGCUGGAGAGCCGACUCACGACACGGACACACUGUACGACUCGGCUCCUCCUAUAGAGUCCAACACGCUGCAGCACAACUGAUCCCUCUGAGUGCUUCUGCAGGACCGGACACCAGACACUUUAUGAUGUGCAGCGGAGGAAACUCAAACCCAGAUUCACUUUCACAGAGCAUAAACAAGGACUUCACAAAGACAUGCUCAAAGAAGACCUUUAGAGAGACCGUCUGAUUAAAGGAUGACUGGCUUUAUCUCCCCCCCCCACCCCUCGGCUAUUUGACAGAAGAGAAGACGACGAUGGGACGAGAGGAGCUGACUCAGGGUGUGUUGGUUUUGUUAGAGAUGGACUAAAAGCCGCCGAGGCUCGCCCUCUGAUGAAGAGGAUCCUGCAGUCAUGUACAGACCCACGCGCUCCGUCAGGAGAGGCACAACUUUAUUCACACGGCGGCGAAGACGCCCCGAACCCAACGAUGCUUCCAUCACUGAGCAAACCAACGAGAAAAACGACCCAGCACUUCAGCUUUCUGUUUUUUUUUUCCUCCAGAACUGUUGAGAUUUGAUUUUAAUGCUUUUUGUGUAGUUUUGUAUUUUCAUGCAAAGAUCUUACUGUACUUGAAUGUCUUUAUUUUAUUAAAUGUUAAAUCUGUUGGUUCUUACACCCUAGGAUCGCUGUAAUUAUACGUGUCGCAGUAUCUAACUUCUUUCUGUGAAAGAGAAAAGAGAGGAAACACUAAAACAGCUUCUCCAGCAACGUUCACUUUUUACAUUUGCAAUAUAGAAAAUAAGAGAUGCUGAAACGCUCUCUCACAAGACUUCUCUCUGUUCCCCGUUUGGAGUUCCAUCCUGAAUGUUUGUGUUUCUGCAGUUUCAGUGGGUUUACAUGAUCUAUGCAUACGUUGUUCUUAUCAGCCUCUUUAAAAGCAGCUGUCUCUCAGGAGGCUCAGAAGAGUGAAGAUUCAGUUUAAGGACCCAUGAAGAAGACCGGUCUUUAAUCCUUCCAUGAAUAAAACUCUUGUUUCCAGUCUGAGGAGUAAAGUGGAGUCUUGUGAGAGUACAGAUCAUUGAUGUUUGUUUGUUAAUGUUGCUGGAGAAUUUAAAAAGCUUUGACUCUACUGAAGCUGAGACAAGUAUCUACACAGCCCUCUAUGGUUUCAUUGCCCCCCCCUCCUCCUCCCCUCUCAUGUGUACUGGUGAUUGUGGGUUCUCAUACAGACUGAAAUGUAUGCAUGUAUCAUAACAUCUAGACUUAAUAUAUUGUGAAGUAUUCAAUAACCGUUAUGUAGGCGCUAGCGUGAAUUAAAGGGUUUAAUUUCCUAGAUGAAACAUUGUCAUUUUUUAAAAUAAACUUUAUUAGAUCAUAA